CACCUGCGGAAUCCCAUACCACAUAUUCAUCUUACACGCUCGACGCAUAUUAUUGCUCGAUCUCGUACUCGUACCCUAGUAUCUCUUGAUCUAUCUUACAUAUAUCAAUAAAUAUUAUAUCUCAAUCAAGAAAUACCCAACUUUUGAACUUCUACAGCAGAGAUGGGCACCAUUUCCGUUUUCGUAUACUUGAAAAAUCCUGAUUCCUUUUUAAUUCGCGAUUAAGUAAAUAAGAUCUUAGGCGUAUCCUUUGAACCUCGGAUGUGACGGAGUUGCGAAUACCAACUGGGCACGCGUCAUAAACCAAAAAUCGCCGACCGCGCACUUCUAGCCGCAUGAUAGCUCCGUACGCGACGAGAGACGAGAUUGUAUUGUUGCUCAACUACUACUGUCGCUAUCACCAUCACCAUCACUACCACUCCCUCUAUUACUGUUACUGUUGCUAUCCAACUCAUUCAUACCAGAUGAUCCCUGGUCAAAGUUAGAUAAUGGAAGAUGUCGACCUCUUCACCGGCCACCGAGGUCGCUCGUCCUCAUCUAGACGACCUAUCCGCUACCCAUGCGAAUGCGAAGAUAAAUCAAAAUGGCUCGGAGCCGCUUCGUGAUCUCGGACGGUCCCCGACUUCUUCUGAUGGCCCAAGCACCAGUAUUCUAGGUACCGGGAAGAAAGGUGUCGUAAAACUUUCGCGCAAGGAUACGGCCGGGAAAGAUGUGAAAGAGAAGAAGGAAUUGGAUGCUGCAGCCCGGCCUGGGCCGCAAGUCGCAUCUUCGUCCGCGCUCGACCCCCUAUCUCAUCAUAUCUUCGUGAGAACGAAUACCGACCGCUCCAUCGCCUCGAGAUUUCGCAAUACCGGACGGCCAGACAGCCCUGCUGCGAAUGAAGGGCUACCCCGUCCUUCCUCCGAUCUACCUGCCAAGCAAGUAGCACCUCAACCUGAUCUACCAAGGGACAGGAGGAAGGGAGGGUUCCUUAGUCGCCUCAGCAUGAUCGGUGGAAAGAAGAAGGAGGGCGGCAUCCAUGACGAUGAAUCCGAAAUUAGCGAAUUAAGGACCGAAGGCGCGAAUGCCGUAGCCUUCUCUUCUGCCAUCGGUGCUGGGGGCUACAUCCCUCAUCACAAGGAGCCACCACGGUAUAUCAGGGUUCGAGCGCACAACAAGAAAAUCAAGGAGUUCAACCGCAUGUUUCUCGCGCAGGAGCUAGUAGGGACGCAGCCGCCAAAUCAAGAUGAUAAAACCAAGACCGCGAAUGGAGCUGCCGCAACGGAGGAACCCGGUAAAGACGAACCAGACUUGGGUGGCCCCAUCUGGGCCGUCGAGUUCAGUAAAGAUGGUAGGUACCUGGCUACAGGGGGUCGAGAUAGGGUCGUACGCAUAUGGGCCGUGAUGGCCACAGAAGAAGACCGGAAGGUGGAGGAGGAGGAGAACGCGGCAAGUGAUAAAGAGGAGCGCCUCAGCGCGCCAGUCUUUCGCACGAAACCGAUUCGCGAGUUUGUCGGUCACACCGGCGACAUUCUUGAUCUCAGCUGGAGCAAGAAUAAUUUUCUCCUUUCUUCAUCGAUGGAUAAGACUGUCCGUCUAUGGCAUAUCAGUAGACAGGAAUGCCUUUGCACGUUCAAACACAAGGACUUCGUCACAUCUAUCGCCUUUCACCCUCGUGAUGACCGUUUUUUCCUCGCCGGUUCCCUCGACUCAUACUUACGCCUAUGGAGUAUUCCCGACAAAGCCGUCGCUUACUCGAGCCAGCUGUCUGAUUUUAUUACGGCCGUGGCUUUUUCCCCCGAUGGUAGAACCGCAAUAGCGGGAUGUUUGAAUGGGUUUUGUAUGUUUUAUGAGACUGAGGGCCUUAAAUAUCAUACGCAGAUCCACGUACGGUCGUCAAGGGGUAAGAACGCCAAAGGAAGCAAGAUUACUGGCAUUGAGACGAUGAGAUUCCCACCGGAAGCUCCCGAUGGUGUGGUUAAGGUUCUUGUCACGUCGAACGAUUCUCGCAUCAGGAUCUAUAAUAUGGGAGACAAGAACCUUGAAUUGAAGCUCAAAGGCCACGAAAAUACGUGUAGCCAGAUCAGGGCUACGUUUAAUGACGACGGCAAUUACAUUAUAUGCGGAAGCGAAGACAAGAGGGCAUUCAUAUGGUCAACCAGUUCGAGGCUUGCCGAAAACAAGGAAAAGAAGCCUUACGAAUAUUUUGAGGCACAUUCGGGUAUCGUGACCGGGGCCAUCUUCGCCCCUACGGCAGUACGACAAUUGCUACAGGCUUCCGGCGACCCUAUAUUCACAUUAUGCAAUCCACCGCCGAUAACAUUGCGUAGCAAGGAGGAAUCUACGGUGAACCAGGUCACCGAGUCUCAAGAUACGCAGUCCGAAAGUUCAAACAAGGUCAAAAAGCCCGAUGAGUCUCCUGGAUUUAUUGCGCGUUCCGCUCAUUUCGAUGGUAACAUCGUUGUGACGACUGACCACUCCGGUUUAAUCAAGGUCUUUCGCCAAGAUUGUGCUUUCAGUAAACGCCGUCACGAUAACUGGGAAACCGGUUCAACAUUCUCCAGGAAGCUUGGAAGGGAUAGUCUGUUAGGUCGAAGUGGCAGCAUCGCCACACGCUUCAGCGCCGGCAGCCGAGAUCCACAUUCUCGCCGUGGCUCGCUUACGCAACCACCCCCGGGAAUACAGGGCAUAUUCCAAGCCAAUUCGGAAAGGAUAAAUACGUGGCGGCACGGUGUAGAAGGACAUGCUGGCAGGCCGGUAUCAAUAACCAUCUCAACGCCAGCACGUAGCGAGCGGUCCCUGUCACCGAGUAAGGCAUCUCGCACGCCAAUAAAUCAAGCUUCAGGAGCAAGAAGACGGCCUUACGCGAACGCGAACGCAGCGACUAUCAAUGUCCCAACCAGUCCUACCUCUAGCGUGCAAGUUAAUAGGGCCAACGAUCGUGUAGGAUUGCGGGAAGUUUCCGUCCCGCCAGCCCCGAGCUUUUCGUUUAGGCCGGUAGAUGAAGAGGAGGACGAGCUGCGCCUGGAUCCAGCCGGCGCGAGUUAUUCAUUUUGGAACCUAAAUAAAUGGCGAAACAUCAGCCCGCUGCGAGGGAACGGGUCCAGCCCUGGAUCGGAUUCGGCGCAUCAUCGCUCCCAGAGCGCCGCGUUGGUCCCGGAUGCGACAGCGGUCGAGGAUAAUCGGAGAAUGAGCCUAGCAACAGGUACAGAAGAAGCCGGGACAAACGGAAAAGCGGAUAAGCAUACGCGACGAAAGAGCAUGCCGGCUGGAGUGAUACUAUCCCGCGAGAAGGACGAGAACCAUCUAGCGCCGCCUGUCCCUAUCCCUCCUCGACCUGAGUCCUACGCCAGUCGAUUAAGCUCGGAACUCACGAGCGAGGACGGCGAGGAUAUGCAAUGCCCGUCAUGUGGUAGUCGAGAUUUUAGAGCAAAGAAAGUAGGUGGAAAGCAAAGGCUACAUUGUGGGAAAUGUGGCCGUGCAAUUAAUUCAUGAGGUUAUUGCAAUGUAAUGAAUGAACGUGGUUGCAUCUUCCUCUUUUAUCGGGGACGGAUGGAACAUAUUAUAAGCGAUAGCCUAUUUGGGGCUCAUUGGGUUGAAAAAGAUGCCCCCCCCUUUUUUUGUUUCUCUCGAGCAUUGUUCACCUACUAAGCGGAGAUACCACGAUCUGCUCAUAUUAUAUAAUCCAUAUAUCUUCGAAAGGAUUCUUUACAUUUUAAGGGAAAAGAAACAUGUAUGGUCUUUUUUGGAUUUAAUUCCAACGUCGCUCUUCGGAGACGACUCUUUCAACGAUCAACUCUUCAUAGGCCCCACGCCAGAUGAUGAUUAUUCCAUACAAUCUUUUCCCAAUUGGCAUAAGGAUAUAUUGUUACUUCGAACUAAUGGGUUUUAUUUAGUUUAUAGAUAUCUAUUUCCACCUUCCCAAGAAAACAGAAGAGAAAUGGGAGGUAGAUUACCUCUCAAGAA